AUGGUAUUUGAGAGAUUGGAAGUUAAAAGAAGAAGAAACAGAGAAGCAGACAGCCUAGGCAGUCAGAAGCAAUCAGUGCCGGUAAUUUUGGAGCUCAAAGAAUUCAGCUCCGGACUGGAAAAAGAGUUGCAAGCAAUCUGCGUAGUUGCCAGCCAAGUUGAGAGUGGGGAUUGUGGUGGUUGUGGAGGCGGCAAGGUUGCAGAGAAAGGGAAUUUGUUUGGAACCUGA